AUGCCUCACAGAAGUGUUCGAGCUGCAAGGUUGUAUGUGGCGCGAAUUUCAAGGUUGCGUUUUUCAACAACCUCAGUAUAUUACGGAUACUCAGACACAAUACGAAACCUCAAGAUCGGGUCUCGUACCAAGGUCAUAUAUCAAGGGUUCACUGGCAGACAAGCAACAAUCAAUGCGAAAGAAUCGUUAGAUUAUGGUACCCAGAUAGUUGGUGGUGUCAAGCCUGGGGUUGAAGGGGAGCAUCUUGGCCUGCCAGUCCUACCGAGUGUGCGGGUAGCAGCAGAAAAGCUCAAACCUGAUGCUUCUGCUAUAUAUGUUCCAGGGGUUGGAACGGCCCAGGCUAUUGAGGAAGCGAUCGAAGCAGAAAUACCAUUGGUUGUGGCAGUAGCAGAGCAUAUUCCACUCCAUGAGAUGCUCAGAGUCUUCCAGAUGCUAAGGACCCAGUCAAGGACGCGCCUGGUAGGUCCCAAUGCUCCCGGUAUCAUAAACACGCAUGGACGGUGUCGUCUAGGAUUUCAACCGUUGCCAUUCUUUCUCGAAGGGAACAUUGGCAUUGUUGCCAAGUCUGGAACACUUAGCUACGAGACUGUUGCCUCUGUUACGCGAGCUGGGCUCGGACAGACCUAUGCAAUCAGCAUGGGAGGUGAUAUGCUAAGUGGCACCACAUUUAUAGAUGCUUUCAGGGUGUUUGAGGAAGAUGAGAAGACAAAAGGUAUAAUCAUGGUAGGAGAGGUUGGCGGAAGAGCGGAAGAAGAAGCCGCAGAUUGGAUCGUUGAGUACCGAAAACGCACACGAAAUCCUAAACCAUUCAUGGGUUUGGUAGGUGGUGUCCAAGCUCCACCUGGACGGGUUAUGGGUCAUGCUGGCGGUUGGGCUGCUCCAGGAGAAGCGAGUUCUGCGGAGAAGAUCAAUAUUCUUAAGCAAGCAGGCGUGGUCAUUGUGGACCAUCCGGAGAUGUUUGGUCCUGGUAUGAAGCAACUACUUGAAACCUCUGAGAAGAAGAAGCUCAGAACCCAGUUGGAUAAUGUCCAGCAAAGAGGCUUUCAUACAAUAUGCCAACAACCCAGAAUAGUGCAAAAUGCAACUAUGUCCAAUGACCAGAGGAGGACUUUGUAUAUUAAGCAGUCAGAAGCCGUGGACAUGCUGACCAAAGCUGGUUUCAGGAAGUCGGAUACCUUGUGUUCGUCACGAACAUGCAUGCUGGGAAUCUCCGUUGACAGGAGUGAACGGGCACCUUGCAUCAUCGCAUCACCAUCCACAGAUCCAGCUGAUACGCUCUAUUUAUCGAAGAAGUUCGCAUUUGCUUAUGGGUCUGACGGUGCAAUAUCGGAUGCCAUGCUGGAAAAUGUCUCAUGUCAUCUGGCAAUCUCAGGCGCCGCGCAGAAAGGGCUUUUCAAAUUGAUCAGUGCAUUACAUGACAUCUUCGUGUCUAAAGAGGCGUUCGUGCUGGAAACAAAGAUAGUGAUUACGGAGAACAGCGAAGUGCAAAUCAAGGAAGCGAAGUUUGGGUUCGAUGACGCUGCCUUCAAAACCGCAGGGCGCCAAGGUGACAUCCAUGCUUUGCGCGACAACACGUUCGAAGUUCUUGAAGAAGUCGACGCAGAAAAGAGUGGUAUAAUCUAUGUCAAACUUGAAGGAGAGGGAAGCGUAGGCACAAUUGUAAACGGUGCUGGCCUAGCAAUGAACACGAUCGACUCCUUGACCCGUCUUGGAGCACAUCCAGCGAACUUCUUAGACACUGGAGGAAAGGCGACUUCAGAUACGAUCAAGUCUGCUUUCAAAAUUGUCUGCUCUGAUCCGAGGGUCAAAGUGAUAUUUGUCAACAUCUUUGGCGGUUUGACAAGAUGUGACAUGAUCGCUGAGGGGAUAUUGUUGGCUUUCCGGGAUUUAGAGCCAAAGAUUCCGGUAGUUGUUAGGUUACGUGGAACAAACGAAGCCCUUGGACAGAAAAUGAUUUCAGAGAGCGGACUUGCGUUUGACGCGUUUGACGGAUUUGACGAUGCAGCUAGAAGAGUCAUUGAACUUGCAAAAUCUUCUUCAUCAAUUCCUGAAAUAGAGUCUACAAGCUAA